CCCUCACACAUAUCUUAAGUAACAACAUCUCCACUCUUCACUCCUCAAUUUCCCUCUUAUUAUUCUCUUUUUCCAUUAUUUCUUUGUCUUUCUUCUAUUACUCCUCAGUUCUCAUGGCCACAAAUACUCUCCACUCCAUAUCCCACCACCACCACUCUCUCUUCAAGCCCAGCCCUCCUCCUCCGCCUCCUUCUUCACUCUCCUUCCUCAAACCCAACACCACAGCAACAACAACAACACCUCCUCAACCUCCACCACUCUCCCUCUCUCUCUCCUCCACGUCAUCAUCCACUGCCACAUUCGCUCUCUCCCCAAACACCACCACCACCGCAACAACAACCUCUACAUCCUCUUCCUCCUCCUUCGAUGACCUCCGCCGCCACCUCGCCGCGGCCGACUUCCGGCAAGCCGACGAGGAGACGCGACGGUUGCUGAUCGUGCUGGCAGGCGAAGCGGCUCAGAAGCGAGGGUACGUGUUCUUCUCAGAGGUUCAAUUCAUAUCGAAAUCGGACAUGAAAACCAUAGACGAGCUGUGGAGAAGCCACAGCAACGAGAGAUUCGGGUACAGCGUGCAGAGGAAAGUUUUCAAGAAGAUGAACAGAGACUUCACCCGAUUCUUCAUCAAAGUCGGGUGGAUGAAGAAGCUUGAGACGGAGGUGGUGCAGUAUAAUUACAGGGCGUUUCCCGGCGAGUUCAUUUGGGAGCUGAACGACGACACUCCCGAGGGGCAUUUGCCAUUGACGAAUGCUCUGAGAGGUACUCAGUUGCUGAACAGUAUUCUCACUCAUCCGGCUUUCGAGGAGGGAGAUGAAGAGAGUGACGAAGAAGAAGAAGAAAGCGGCGGAAUAGUGGGUGGGUUAACGUUGUUGAAAGGAAUAGGGAAACCAAAACCGUCUUCAGCAGGUUUCAAACCAGAUUACAGCUUUUGAUUGAUUUUAUACCACGCACAAAAUGCUGAUUCAGUUUGGUUUUGUAUUUAAGUAUAAUUAAUUACAUUGAUUAUUGUGCUUUUUUUCAAAUUACUUUUAGACAGAAGAAUAAGUUUAAUUAUAAAGUUGCUUUUCUUUUUUCUU